GGGACGGACCCAGGCGCAGACGCAGUGAUGUCGGCGUCGCCCGCCCUCGCCGACCUCUCCCGUCUCUACCAGACGGAGUUUGUCCGAAGCGCCCGGGCGGUUGGCGUCCUGUGGGCCGUCUGCACUCUCUGCUUCGCCAUCAUCCAGGUGGUCAUCCUGGUGCAGCCGUCCUGGAUUGGCACAGGGGACGCGAACCCUCAGCGGUUAGGCCCGCCCCCACCUAGCGGGACCCUGGGACUGUUCGAGGUGUGUCUGGAGUCCGACUGGCCGGUCCCGGACUGUCGUGGCGGUCUGUCCACGCUGUCGCCUCUUCCUUCCUUCCAGUCGGUGGCAGUGCUGGUGGGCGUGUCUCUGUGGGCGGUGUGGACCAGCGUCCUGUGUCUUUGUCUCUUCAGGUUCUGCAGCGCCGCCACCGUCUACAAGAUCUGCGCCUGGCUGCAGCUAACGGCGGGUUUCUGUCUGGCGUUGGCUUGUCUGCUGUUUCCGGACUCGUGGGAGAAUCCCGAGAUGAGAGCUCUGUGUGGAGACUCGGUGGGCAGCUUUUCUCUGGGUACCUGCUCUGUGCACUGGGCCUACAUCCUGGCCAUCCUCGGGGUGCUGGAUUAUGCCACUCUGGCCACGCUGGCCUUCGUCCUGGCCAACAGACAGGACGCCCUGCUGCCGCCCGACUCCCAGGAAGUGACCACAGGGCUGCUGAUGUCUGCGUGAUGCUCCAGGGACGUUUGGUCCGUCUCUGUCCACCUCCAUCUGAUGUCUCCAUCCUUCAUCAUCCUCUCCAAUGAGGACGACACACAUUAUUUACAGAGACAGAUUUAUUCUGUCACAGUAUUUCAAAAGAAGAUGGUUCGGAGAUACUUAAAUGAGAAAGAGAAGCGCGUGAGGAGGGAGAGUUCCUCUGUGAAGUCACAACAAACAGAAACUCAGUGUGUUGGAUAAAAUCUUCCUAUGUAGUCUGUCCCCUCCAAAAAAGUUUGAGGUGUGUGUUUAUGUGUCUAGAUUCCUCUACAGAGGUGACUUGGUUUAACACAAAUGCUAGAAGCAGCAGCGGACGGUUAGCCAUAAGCAGCUAGCCGCUGAUGUACAUCAGUGAAUGUUAACUAACAGAGUUUGCACUUUAAAAUAUUGUUAGCAUUAUUGUUACUGCAGAUCAAAUGAUCAGCUAAUUGACUUCUUUAUUGUAUUCUGUUACUUUAGGUUUAGC